GAAAACGUUUUCUUGUUGUUUCCCGGGCCACGCUGUAGUGAACUGGCCUUCCCCUCUCAACUCCCACGUUUGGACACGAGGGAGGACAAUAGACUCCGCGGAGGGAAGUUCAAUGUCUACUUCGAACCGAGGGACAACCAUUUAACCGAAUGGAAUGGGAGUAGUUCAACUGAAAGGCAGCCAGAGUUUAAGAAAACUAUCAAUCACCGCGUAGCACCGUGUUGGAGACCGAGCAUUGUUCAAUAUCUACACAGACAUGGUUCACUUUCAGCCGGGGCCGUCAAGGACACGACUACCGCUUCUUUAAAAUUGAAUUAAUUUUUUUUUUUAAAUAUAUGCAGCAACCGCGAAGGAGGUGUAGUUGAGAAUAACGCGUCUUCAACUGUUUAUCAAAUAGCAAAGGCAGGGUGGGGUGGGGUGGGGUGGGGGGGAUAGGUAUUCGGAGGAUUAAUUAUGCCUGACCAAAUCACAGUGUCGGAGUUUGUGGUGGAGACCAACGAGGACUACAAGUCACCCACCGCCUCCAAUUUCACCACCAGGAUGUCCCACUGCAGGAACACCGUGGCCGCACUGGAGGAGGCUUUAGAUGUGGACCGAAGUGUUCUAUACAAGAUGAAAAAGUCAGUGAAGGCCAUCUACACGUCUGGUUUGGCUCACGUUGAGAAUGAGGAGCAGUACACACAGGCGUUGGAGAAGUUUGGAGAAAAUUGUGUGUACAGAGAUGAUCCUGAUUUGGGGUCAGCGUUCCUCAAGUUUUCUGUCUUCACCAAGGAGCUCACUGCCCUCUUUAAAAACCUGUUCCAGAACAUGAACAACAUCAUCACCUUUCCUCUGGACAGUCUGCUGAAAGGAGACCUGAAAGGAGUCAAAGGGGAUCUGAAAAAACCUUUUGACAAAUCCUGGAAGGACUACGAAACUAAAGUCACCAAGAUAGAAAAGGAGAAGAAGGAGCAUGCGAGGCAACACGGCAUGAUCAGGACGGAGAUUAGCGGGGCGGAAAUUGCCGAGGAGAUGGAGAAGGAGAGGAGAUUAUUUCAGUUGCAGAUGUGUGAGUAUCUACUCAAAGUCAAUGAGAUCAAAAUCAAGAAGGGAGUGGACCUGCUGCAGAACCUCAUCAAGUACUUCCAUGCACAGUGCAAUUUUUUUCAGGAUGGUCUGAAAGCGGUGGACAACCUGAAGCCUUCCAUUGAAAAACUGGCCACAGAUCUGCACACAAUAAAGCAGGCACAGGAUGAGGAGCGAAAGCAGCUGACUCAGUUACGGGAUGUUCUUAAGACAGCGUUACAAGUGGAGCAGAAGGAGGAAUCGCAGGUGCGGCAGAGCACCACCUACAGCUUACAUCAGCCGCAAGGCAACAAAGAGCACGGAACUGAGCGCAGCGGCUACCUUUACAAAAGAAGUGAUGGGUUGAGAAAAGUAUGGCAGAAGAGGAAAUGCACUGCGAAGAACGGAUACCUCACCAUCCCGCACGGCACCGCGAACAGACCGCCAGCCAAACUCAAUCUGCUCACCUGUCAGGUGAAACACAAUCCUGAUGAGAAGAAGAGCUUUGACCUCAUAUCCCACGACAGAACCUAUCACUUUCAGGCCGAAGACGACCAGGACUGUCAAAUCUGGAUCUCAGUGCUCCAGAACAGCAAGGAGGAGGCGUUGAACCAGGCUUUUAAAGGCGACCAGCAUGUCGGCGAGAACAACAUAGUGCAGGAACUGACCAAGGCCAUCCUGGCCGAGGUGAAGAGAAUGACGGGGAACGACAUGUGCUGCGAUUGUGGAGCGCCCAACCCAACGUGGCUGUCCACCAACUUGGGCAUUCUCACAUGUAUCGAAUGUUCCGGCAUCCACAGGGAGCUGGGAGUCCACUACUCCAGGAUCCAGUCGCUUACUCUGGAUGUACUCAGCACCUCCGAGCUCUUGCUGGCCAAGAAUGUGGGGAAUGCAGGCUUCAAUGAAAUUAUGGAGGCAGGUUUAAGUGCUGAAAAUGCAGUCAAACCCAACCCCGCCAGUGACAUGCAGGCGAGGAAAGACUUCAUCAUCGCCAAGUACACAGAGAAGCGCUUCGCCAGGAAGAAAUGUCCCGACUCUGCUUCGCAGCUCCACACGCUGUGUGAUGCCGUCAAGGCCCGAGACAUCGUCUCCCUCAUUCAGGUCUACGCUGAGGGAGUAGACCUGAUGGAACCUAUACCGCUAGCAAACGGACAUGAGCAAGGAGAGACCGCUCUUCAUCUGGCUGUCAGGAUGGUGGACAGAACGUCUCUUCACAUCGUCGACUUCCUCACGCAGAACAGUUUAAAUUUGGAUAAGCAGACAGCCAAAGGCAGCACAGCGCUGCACUACUGCUGUCUGACCGACAACAGUGAGUGUCUGAAGCUAUUGCUGAGGGGGAAAGCAUCCAUAGACAUUGCUAACGAGGCUGGGGAGACACCGCUGGACAUCGCUCGCAGGCUCAAACACUUCCAGUGCGAGGAGCUGUUGAACCAAGCGUUGGCAGGGAAAUUCAACGCACACGUCCAUGUGGAGUAUGAAUGGUGCCUGCAGCAUGAAGACUUGGAUGAGAGUGAUGAGGAUCUCGAUGAGAAGCCCAGCCCCCACCGCAGAGAAGAGCGUCCAGUCAGCUGUUACACACCGAGCACCAACUCCCACAUGCAUGGCCGCGACAAGCAGCGUUCCUAUCUGCCAAAUUUGGUCAACAACGAGACCUACGGCACCAUCGUCAACAACAACCCACCUCAGCCCGGUCUGCCCGCCACCACCUCUGCGCCACCCUUACCCCCUAGAAACCUGGUCCAGUUAGCAGGCCUCGGCGGGACGAGUCAGCCCUCGUCGUCCAGCAGCUGGAAGCCCGCUUCCUUAGACCUGGUUGGUCGGCAACGAUCGUCUUCAGACCCCCCCAACAUGCACCCCCCGGCACCCCCUGUUCGACUCACCUCUACAGCAGGUUUGGGUCCUUCUCCUGCAGGAAAGGUUGACGCACUGAGUUUACACUCCAAGUCAGGUCAGGGACCUGCUGGAUCCAGAAGCAGUCAACAAAAGUCACCGGCAGGCAAUGAUAAAAAUUUCACCCGGACGCCACUAAAUCGUACAGGGUCUAUCGAGCGACCAACUAAGGAAGUGCCAGGGUGCCCCCAGAACUCCAUAGGUCACGCUCUGGCUCCAGCCCACCACUCCAGGAAGGCUUACACUAAGCACAGGCCGAAGCGAGUGAGGGCCAUCUACAACUGUAUGGCAGACCACCCGGAUGAACUGACCUUUUCGGAGGGCGAGGUCAUUGUGGUGGAUGGGGAAGAGGACCAGGAGUGGUGGCUGGGCCACAUUGAAGGAGAACCGAUGAGACGAGGAGCCUUCCCGGUCACCUUUGUCCACUUCAUUGUGGACUGAAAUGUCACCGCUGAGGUGGUCAACAACUGCAGGAAUAGAAAAAAAAAGUGCGGGCCUGAGUCCCCUCCUGGUGACCGUGAUGCCAUUCAAUGUUUUUGAACUGCUUGGUGUUUGUGACUAUAGAACGCAAUUGAAAUAAUUGUAGUGAACAGCGUCUCACAAUAAAUGCACUUUCCCUCGCCGCGCCAUCACGCGUGAUGAAGGUUGUGCACCACUUCCUCUUCCUCCUCCUUUUUAUAUGAGCAGUCAGCAGGCCUUCACCGUGCAUGAGAAAAUUAAAAUAAAUUUAAUGUGGAGGUUCGCUUCAGUGUGCCCCUUUACGAACGUGCUUGGUGAUGGCAGGAGGUUUCCUACUUGUCCCAUUUUGGGAAAAACUAAUCAAUCAUGCGUCAUCCAAGCAGCAACACUCUUGUUCUUCUUUUAUUCAAUCGUGUCCAAUGACAAGGCUUUCUAUACUCUGUGUGUUUGCCUCAUCUGUCAUCUGCCUUAAGUGGCUAGGAUGUAUUGCUGUGUGUGUGUGUCAUAAGCUGGCAAUUUAAAAAUAAAACCAAAUAAAACUCAUACUCAACAUGUGCAUCAUAGCCAAUGUUGUAAAUAUAUAAUUAAAUCAAAUGUCUUAAACAGGGAUUCCCAAACUGUUUAAUGGCAGUCUGGUAUAAUAAUUACAUAAUUUACAGUGUAAUCUUUUUUUUUUCACACUACCCAGAAUACUGGCAAACCGACAGUCUGCUCAUCUUCUAUGGUGAAAAAGCAUCCUUAAAAAUGUCUCUUUGUGUUCAAAUAAUUUACAUUUUCAAAAUGUAAAUUUUUUUGACAUUGUAAUAUAGAACAACUUCUUAGUGUUUUGCCACUAUCCCCCCCCCCCCAUUUCCACAUUAAAGAUACCCAUUCAACUCCUAAUUUGGCCUGAGUAUGAAUACUUUUGAAUUUACCUGUACGCAUGUGUGCUCUUUCUGUUUGUGUGAAAACCUCUUGACAUUCCGCCUUUCUUUUGUAGACAUUUCCCUUGUGGGAAACAUGCUCUGAUAAGCUCCUGUCACUCCAUUAGAAUGUAUUUGUGUUUUAGUUUUUUUUCCACUUGUCAAACAACCAGCUGUGCAGCAUCUAACGUCCUCCUUUCUCCAUUUGUACAGAAAGUGUGUUGUUUUCCAUAUUAACACAAGCAUUCAAUGAAAUUACUUUCAAGAUGAGUUGCAGAGCAACUGUGUACACAAAAGUCAAUGUUCCAAUGUAGUAGGCAUUUAAAGCUGACACCAAGAGAGCCUUUUGAGUGACAACGAGAAUUGCAGCUAAUAUUCAUGGUGUUUAUUAUUUUUGUUGUUAACUCACUGGAAACAGGAUGUAAUCUAUACACGUGUAUAUAGAUGUGAGUGUGUUAUUUAAAUGUAGAGAGAGACUGUGGGGAACACUUACAGCUGGACUUUAAUGUGAGUGUAAAAAUAACAACAGUUAUUAUUAUUGUCUUUGGAUGUAAAUGGGAAAUGAAACUGGAAUAAAAUGAUAUAAAACGCG